UCAGGCCAACUGUUAAUUACGGAACAUCGAACUCACGCAGCGUCGGAACGAGCAAACGAUUUAUGGUGUCAUCAGUGUGAUACAAUGGAAGAUGGAGAGAGAUGCGCCAAUCUGACCGGAAACUUCACCACUUUCGGGCACAAGUGCACUGGUGAUAAAAGGACCUGUAUGGUAAAGCGAUUUUCUUACACUACCAGCACCGGAGAUUCAAUGUCUAGUCCACAAACUUGGUCGGUGGAGAGAAAGUGUACUAACAAAUGCGACUCCGGAUGUAUAGUGGUCGGUGAACGAACAAAACUCUCCGCUUGCACCACUUGCUGCGAGAAAUCGUUUUGCAAUAUCGGUACCGGUGCUGCGAACGAUCUGACGAUAAGAGGGAUCGAUCUGUUUCUAGCUUUAGUAUUACAAAUUACAUUAACAAUUAUCAUGUAUCCGUCCUGACAUUGCAGACGAAGUAACACACGAUCGUGAAUCAUUUUAGUCGCCGAUGAGAAUAAUUGGUUCCAUUAACGCGUUUAUACGUACAUUGUAACAUACACUGUAAUAUUACACAACAACACGAUACAUAAGAUUUGUCGCAUUACCAAUGAAAAUGCUGUUUUCAUUUUAUAAAUGUGUACAUGGAGUUUCAUUCCUUAUGUGUUUCAUAAUAAUAUUACGAUGAAUAUUGAUUAAUAAGUCAAUAAAAUUACGACGAUAUCGAUAAUACGAAGCUCAGAAAUAAGAAAAUAAUAAUGAUGUUCUCGUUCUAAUGAUGUCGAUAAAUCAAAGAACAAUUGAUAAUAUAAAAAGGGGAUGUUCUUAAGAAUACGAUGCUCAUAAUUAUAAUAAUUACGAAUACAAUCAAAUCUACGAGAAUGAGAUUUAAAACACUGCUAAGUUAUUACUCGAUCGUUCAACGAACCAAUGUAAUUUAAAUUGUAAAUUUUAGAAAAAUUGUUAUAGCAAUACACUACCAAUAAAUUGUAUAAAGUAACAAA